AUGGAGGAACAUGGUCAAACUCCCCAUCCUCGGCCGUACGACACCGACAGUACAGCCACCGUCAUGGCAGACGAGGCCCCCUCGGCUUCUCAUACCCCCAACACGAGCCGCGCUGACAACUGGGCUCUGAUGCCCCAGGUUAAGGAGCAGAACCAACGCGAUGUCGACUCGGGCUUCCAUCGCCGCGAACUCGGCGUCACCUGGAAGAAUCUCAGCGUCGAAGUCGUCAGCGCCGAGUCCGCCGUGAACGAGAACUUCUUCUCCCAGUUCAACAUUCCCCAGCUUAUCAGGGAGUCCCGCAACAAACCCCCGCUGCGCACGAUCCUCGACAACAGCCAUGGGUGCGUCAAGCCCGGCGAGAUGUUGCUGGUGCUGGGUCGUCCCGGCUCCGGUUGCACCACCCUCCUCAAAAUGCUGGCGAACCGACGCCUGGGUUACCGUGCAGUGGAAGGUGACGUCCGGUAUGGCUCGCUGACGGCAGACGAGGCCGCCCACUAUCGUGGCCAGAUCGUCAUGAAUACCGAGGAGGAGCUGUUCUUCCCCACGCUGACUGUCGGUCAAACUAUGGAUUUCGCAACCCGCCUGAAGAUCCCCUUCCACCGUCCGAAGGGGGUCGAGUCGGCCAAGGCGUAUCAGCAGGAGACGAAGAAGUUCCUCCUAGAGUCGAUGGGUAUCUCGCACACCCACGAUACCAAGGUCGGCAACGAGUACGUCCGCGGCGUGUCGGGUGGUGAGCGAAAGCGUGUCUCCAUUAUUGAAUGUAUGGCGACUCGGGGUUCCGUCUUCUGCUGGGAUAACAGUACCCGUGGGUUGGAUGCCAGCACGGCCCUCGAGUGGACCAAGGCCGUUCGCGCCAUGACCGAUGUGCUGGGUUUGUCUAGUAUCGUCACCCUGUACCAAGCCGGGAAUGGUAUUUACGACCUCUUCGAUAAGGUCCUGGUGCUGGACGAGGGAAAACAGAUCUAUUAUGGCCCUAUGACGCAGGCCCGUCCUUUCAUGGAGAACCUGGGCUUCGUCUGCCGCGAGGGCUCCAACGUGGCUGAUUUCCUGACCGGUGUGACCGUCCCCACCGAACGCAAGAUCAGACCCGGCUACGAGAGCCGCUUCCCCCGGAACGCCGAGGCAAUCAAGGUUGAAUACGAAAAGUCGUCCAUUUACUCCGAGAUGGUGGCCGAAUACGACUAUCCAGACAGCGACCAGGCGCGUCGCUGCACCGACGAGUUCAAGCUCUCCGUGAGGGAGGAGAAGAACAAGAAAUUGCCGGACAGCAGUCCAUUCACGGUCGAUUUCGUCGACCAAGUGAAGACCUGUAUUAUUCGGCAGUAUCAGAUCCUCUGGGGUGACAAGGCCACCUUUCUCAUUAAGCAAGUGUCGACGCUCAUCCAGGCUUUGAUCGCUGGUUCGCUUUUCUACAACGCGCCUAAUAACUCCGGCGGUCUGUUUGUCAAAUCCGGUGCCCUCUUCUUCUCGUUGCUCUUCAACAGUCUGCUUUCCAUGUCGGAGGUGACCGAUUCUUUUAGCGGCCGGCCUGUCCUGAUCAAACACAAAAGUUUUGCUUUUUUCCAUCCGGCUGCCUUCUGCAUUGCGCAGAUCACGGCGGAUAUCCCAGUUUUGCUGUUCCAGAUCUCCAUCUUCUCGCUGGUGGUUUACUUCAUGGUGGGCCUCACCACGUCGGCAUCCGCCUUUUUCACCUACUGGAUUCUGGUCUUCGCCACGACCAUGGUUAUGACUGCGCUGUUCCGCGCGAUCGGAGCUUUGUUCACCACGUUUGACGGUGCCUCCAAAGUGUCGGGUUUCUUCAUCUCCGCCCUAAUCAUGUAUACCGGUUACAUGAUUCAAAAGCCGCAGAUGCACCCGUGGUUUGGCUGGAUCUACUGGAUCAACCCUCUCGCCUACGGAUUCGACGCCCUGUUGUCCAACGAGUUCCACAACAAGAUCAUCCCGUGUGUCGGCACCAACCUCGUGCCCACUGGUCCUGGAUAUGAAAACGCCGUCGGCCAUCAGUCCUGUGCGGGCGUGGGAGGCGCCAUCCAGGGCAACAACUAUGUCACAGGAGAUCAGUACCUGGCCUCCCUGUCGUAUAGCCACAAGCACGUGUGGCGCAACUUUGGUAUCCUCUGGGCGUGGUGGGCGCUGUUUGUGGCGAUCACCAUCAUUGCUACUACUCGCUGGAAGGCCGCCUCGGAGAGCGGAAGCUCGCUCCUGAUCCCGCGUGAGAGACUGGAAAAACACCGCCAGGUCGUCCGUCCCGACGAGGAAUCUCAGUUCGACGAAAAGUCCAAGACCCCCCAGGAUAGCCGCUCGCAGGAUGACGAUAUUGACAAGCAGCUCGUCCGCAACACCUCCGUCUUUACCUGGAAGGACCUGACCUAUACGGUGAAGACGCCCUCGGGCGAUCGCAUGCUUCUGGACCACGUGUACGGCUGGGUGAAGCCCGGUAUGCUGGGCGCCCUGAUGGGCUCGUCUGGCGCGGGAAAGACAACCCUGUUGGACGUGUUGGCGCAGCGCAAGACGGAGGGCACUAUUCAUGGUUCGAUCAUGGUGGACGGCCGUCCCCUGCCGGUAUCUUUCCAGCGUUCGGCGGGCUAUUGUGAGCAGCUCGAUGUGCACGAGCCUUUCGCUACCGUGCGUGAGGCGUUGGAGUUCAGCGCUUUGCUCCGUCAGCCCCGGGAUGUCCCUGAUGCCGAGAAAUUGAAGUAUGUGGAUACGAUUAUCGACCUGUUGGAACUGCACGAUAUCGCCGACACGUUGAUUGGCCGCGUGGGUGCUGGAUUGAGCGUUGAACAGCGGAAGCGUGUCACUAUUGGCGUGGAGUUGGUCUCGAAGCCCAGCAUUUUGAUCUUUUUGGACGAACCGACCUCCGGUCUGGAUGGCCAAUCGGCCUACAACACGGUCCGAUUCCUGCGAAAGUUGGCGGACGUUGGUCAGGCUGUGUUGGUGACGAUCCACCAGCCGUCUGCUCAGCUCUUUGCCGAAUUUGACACCCUGCUUCUGCUGGCUAAGGGCGGUAAGAUGGUCUAUUUCGGUGACAUUGGUGACAAUGGCCAAACUGUCAAGGACUAUUUCGCUCGCUACAAUGCCCCGUGCCCUCCGAAUGUGAACCCGGCCGAACAUAUGAUCGACGUCGUGUCUGGCGCUCUCUCCCAGGGUCGCGAUUGGAACCAGGUGUGGAGCGAAUCGCCGGAAAACCAGAAGGCCAUGGCGGAGCUCGACCGGAUCAUCCAGGACGCGGCCUCGAAGCCUCCUGGUACGACCGAUGAUGGGCACGAGUUUGCCACGAGUCUCUGGUACCAGACCAAGGUUGUCAGCAAGCGCAUGUGCGUCGCUAUCUUCCGCAACACCGACUAUAUCAACAACAAACUGGCUCUUCAUGUUUCGUCUGCCCUGUUCAACGGCUUCUCGUUCUGGAUGAUCAGCGAUACCGUGCACUCCAUGCAGCUCCGUCUCUUCACCAUCUUCAACUUCAUUUUCGUCGCCCCGGGUGUCAUCAACCAGCUGCAGCCGCUUUUCCUCGAACGCCGCGACAUCUACGAUGCGCGCGAGAAGAAGUCCAAGAUGUACUCGUGGGUGGCUUUCGUCACGGCGCUGAUCGUUUCCGAAAUCCCCUACCUCUGCCUGUGCGCCGUGCUCUACUUCGCCUGCUGGUACUACACGGUCGGCUUCCCGACGGACUCGAACAAAUCCGGCGCGGUGUUCUUCGUGAUGCUGAUGUACGAAUUCGUCUACACCGGCAUCGGCCAGUUCAUCUCCGCCUACGCGCCCAACGCGAUCUUCGCGUCGCUGACCAACCCCCUGAUCCUCGGUACCCUGGUCUCCUUCUGCGGUGUAUUGGUGCCAUACCAGCAGAUCCAGGCCUUCUGGCGCUACUGGAUCUACUGGAUGAACCCCUUCAACUACCUGAUGGGCAGCAUGUUGACGUUUACGGUGUUCGACGUGGAGGUCCGGUGCAAGGAGUCGGAGUUUGCCCUGUUCGACCCGCCCAACGGGACCACCUGCGCCAGCUAUCUGUCGAGCUACAUGCAUACGACCGGGGCGCGCAUGAACCUCACCAACCCCGACGCCACCGAGGGCUGUCGCGUCUGCGAGUAUACGCGCGGUAGUGAUUAUCUGGUGACCAUCAACCUGAUGGACUACUACUACGGGUGGCGGGAUGCGGCUAUCGUGGUGUUGUUUGCGCUGAGCUCGUAUGCGCUUGUGUAUGUGCUGAUGAAGUUGCGGACCAAGGCGUCGAAGAAGGCGGAGUAA